UACAGACACGCGGGCAGAUUCACUCAAGACUUGUAGUCGGAUAGCGGGUCACACACACACAGAUAAAUACACACAAUAUAUACACACACAGACAGAGAGACACGCAGGGACACAGAGAAAGACACAAUAGUACACACUCGCAUACACAGACACAUUCAUAUCCCUAAACACAUAUGUACUAACAUUCAUUGGCAAAGAGGCACGUGCCUAAUCACACAAAGUCACGCAGACACAAUAUAUGCAAAUACAAAAUACACCGGCACACAUACAAGUACGUACUUACAUACAGACAUAACAAACAGACGCACCACACGCAGACACAUGCAUACACACAGACACAUAUAGAGCUGCACACAUGCAGAGACAAAUACAAGUGCACACACAUCCAUGAAGGCACAGCAGCAAAACGCGCAAAGGUACAGUGGCACAAUAUCGAAAACUUCACUUUCACAUUUAAAGCUUUCUCGUUCACUCGUCCGUUCUAGGUCUCCGCUUGAGCAGGAGCUAGACGAGACUUACUAGGACGAGACGAGACUUACACGGGGACCUUGCACUCACGGUUAACAUCCACUCUGGUUCAACACACAUUCUCCGCGUCUCUUCAGUGCAUAUCAGCAGUCACCUCUACCAGGCGCUAAGUGAAUGAAGAGGACCUCUGCUGUGGACGGCGUGCGGGGGUUGGCGGAUCGCGGCGCGAUGGGCUUGCCUCACCGCGAGCUCGCGGUGAACGUGGGCGGUUCUCGACACGUGCUGCGCUCCGAGCUGCUCGCGCGGCUCCCCGACUCGCUGCUCGCCACCCUCCUCGUGCGCCCGGGCGCAGCGAGGCGGCCGGGCGCGGCGAAGGCGGCCGAGGCGGCGGCGGCGACGGCGCGGACGGACGCGGGGACGACGGGAGACGAGACGGCGACGUCGCGUGGCGCGGGGCGAGGCGCGUUCGAGAGGAACGCGUCGGCGAGGAGGGACGCGGGAGACGGGGACGUGGGGGAGCGGACGGAGGGGGAGACGCUCUCGGGGACGGGGACGACGGCGAGCGCGGCGGGGUCGGACGCGGGGACGCAGAGGCGCGCGUGCAGGAGGCCCCGCGUGAAGACGCGGAGGUCGUCGCGCAGGGGAGGGGCACGGGGAGGGAAGGCACAAGGAGGCGAGCAACAAGGAGAAGACAUUCGGCCGAGUGGUACCCAGGGAGGAGACCCACGGCCGCGUGACGCACGCCCUGUAGAUACGCAGGGAGGAGAGGUCCCGACCGAGGCAGCCAAACGCCACGUCCGCAACCCCUCCUGCUCAUCAACCUCCUCGUGCGGGCGCGCCUCGUCUCCACCCUACGACGACUUCGACCCCGACAGCGGCGAGUUCUUCUUCGACCGCGACCCGCGCGCCUUCGACCGCAUCCUCGACGCGUACCACUUCGGCGAGGUGCACAUGGACCGCUCGGCGUGCCCCAUGUGCUUCAAGCAGGAGAUGGACUUCUGGGGGGUGGGCGCCGACUGCCUGGACGACUGCUGCCGCUUCCGCUACUCCGAGCUGCAGGAGGAGCUCGACGAGAUCGUGCAGAUGGUGGAGACGGAGCUCAGGGACUCCGGGACGGCGGGCGCCGCGCAGCGCGGCCGCUGCGAGCGGGCGAGGGUCGGCGUUUGGCAGCUCAUGGAAAAGCCCGACUCGUCGAGGCUGGCCCGUUCGCUGGCGCUCACCUCGUUCGCGUUCAUCGUCGUGUCCUCCGUCGUCAUGUGCCUGGGGACCAUCCCCGAGCUGCAGCCGGGCCCGGGGGCCGACGGCGCGGCGGGCGAGGAGCACCCGACCAUCGCCGCCAUCGAGACGGUGUGCAUCGGCUGGUUCACCGUCGAGUUCGCCCUGCGGUUCUUCUCCGCGCCGGACCGCGUCAAGUUCAUGUCGUCACCCAUGAACGUGGUGGACCUGCUGGCCGUGCUGCCCUACUUCGUGGUGCUGGCCCUCACCGAGAUGGGCGGCUCCGUGAUGGGGCUGGCGAGCAUGCAGCAGGGCGUGCAGGCGCUGCGCAUCAUGCGGGUGGCACGCGUCUUCAAGCUGGCGCGGCACUCCAGCGGCCUGCAGACGCUCACGUACGCCCUCAAGAGCAGCUUCAAGGAGCUGGGGCUGCUGCUGCUCUACCUGGGCGUGGGCGUCUACCUGUUCUCGGCGCUGGGCUACACGGUGGAGCAGAGCCACCCGGAGACGCUCUUCAGCAGCAUCCCGCACUCAUUCUGGUGGGCCAUCAUCACCAUGACCACGGUGGGCUACGGCGACAUCUACCCCAAGACGGAGCUGGGCAAAAUCAACGCGGCCGUGAGCUUCCUCUGCGGCAUCCUGGCGAUCGCCCUGCCCAUCCACCCGAUCAUCAACAACUUCGUGAAGUUCUACAACAAGCAGCGGGUGCUGGAGAUGGCCGCCAAGCAUCAGCUGGAGCUGCUCAGCGUCUCCGAGCGGCUCGCGGGCGAGAUGAUCGCAGCAGCGGCGGUGGGAGGAGGAGGAGGAGACGCGGAGGAAGAGGACGUGGGAGGAGGAGGAGAGAUGAGACUCGGUCCCGACGAGCGGUGUUGUUGUAACGGGCACCAGCACGAGUCGCGGGUUUCUGGACGCUCCCAGCUCGAUCACGGCCAUCUCGUCCACUCGAACAUCGUGGCCGCCAAGCCCUAAAUACAGCACACAGUGCACACACAGUGCACACACAGUACACAGUACACACACAAUACACACAGUGCACAAUACACACAGUACACACACAAUACACACAGUACACAGUGCACACACACCAU